UUAUUUAUAAAUAUAUUUUGUAAAACAAUGAGCCAGAACCCAUCACAGCAGACAGGCUCAGGCUACCCCGCCUAUGGCUCAGCACAGUAUGGUCAGCAGCCACCAGGUCAAUACCCACCACCACAAGGUUAUGGUGCAUAUGGUCAACAACCCCAACAACCUGGUCAAUAUGGUCAAUACCCACCACAACAACCUGCUGCUCACGGUCAAUACGGUCAGCCACAACCUGGCCAAUACGGCCAGCCACAGCCUGCUGCACCCGGCCAAUACGGACAACCAGCACCCGGUCAAUACGGACAACCACAGCCUGGCCAAUACGGACAGCCAGCUCCUGGCCAAUAUGGCCAGCCUCCAGCUGCAGCAGGUCAAUAUGGCCAACCAGCUGCUGCUCCCGGUCAAUAUGGUCAAUACCCUCCAUCGACAACCACUCCAGAGCCAGGCCAGUACCCACCACCAACUGGCGCACCUCCAGGUCAAUACCCACCUCCAACUGGCGCACCUCCAGGACAAUACCCUCCAUAUGGUCAGCCUCCCGCAGCAGUCCCAGGCCAGUACCCUCCCGCCGGUGCACCCCCAAUGGCCGGUCAAUACGGCGCACCACCAGCAGCAGUCCCAGGAAUGCCUGUGCCAAUGACUUGCUCGCCUGUCAUGGCCGGCGCGCCAAUGAUGGCAGGAGGUGCCGCUGGCAUGUCCGGCGUCAAGUUCUUUGAUCACGUCAGGAACAAGUUGCACAGAGACUACACAUUGAUCAUUGACAAGAGUGGCAGUAUGGCUGGUUCCCUCUGGACUCAGGCCGCCGUCGCCGUGUCCAAGAUUGCCCCAUUCGCCUGCCAGGCCGACGCCGAUGGAAUCACUGUGUACUUCUUCUCGUCGCCCUCGCCUCGCCACCCCAAGUACGAGAAUGUUCGCGACGCCAACACUGUCAAUGGACUUUUCCAGCGCGAGCGUGCCAGUGGCACAACCGAUCUCUAUGGUGUGUUGAACCAGGCCAUCGAGGACCACUUCAUCAAGGGCAACAGACCAGAGACCAUCCUUGUGAUCACUGAUGGCACACCAAAUGACGCCACAGCCGUACAGAGACUGUUGAUAAACACUGCCAACAGGAUAACACGCGACGAGGAUCUUUCGAUAUCAUUCGUCCAGAUUGGACGUGAUCGCAGCGCAACCACAUUCCUCAAGACAUUGGAUGACUACCUCACCUCACAGGGUGCUCGCUUCGACAUUGUCGACACCCUGACCAUGGAUGAGAUGCACAACAUGUCCUUCGAUCAGAUCAUUGCCAAGUCAAUCGCCGAUUAA